CGCCCUUGCCAUAUGGUUGUGUUAUUAUAAUAGGUGAUUAAGACUGAUCCGAUACCCCUGCACGUCUCGAUCCUUGCGCCUUAUGUGUAGGAUGGUAUUCUGGUGUUGUCGCUCGCUCCUGACACGGCUACCGCAUACCACGUGCUCGCCUGCCUGCAAUGCCUUUCCCUGCCCUUGUCUCUGCCCUUGCCCUUGCUCUUGCCCUUCUCCUUCUUCGUCUACCCUCACCAGUAGGUACAACAAUUGCAGCACUACACACCCACUCCCUCUCCAGCACCACAACACAGCACACGACCUACUUAUACACACACACCCCCGCCCGGACACACACCCGACCACACACGCACGCAAGCACCACCACCGGCACAAGCACCGGUACCCCGCCCACGUCGGCGGCGCACUCUCCGCCGCCGACGUGGCGUCCUGUGCCGUGCCGUGUGUGCCUCGUCUUGACACACCACACCACACCACCUGCGCUGCACGAUGCACUUAAGUGCCGCUUAUGCGUGCGUGCGUGCGUGCGUGCGUGCGUG